CCACGAGCAGUGUGCUUCCAACGCGCCCGCCAGAAACACGCUUCGCUCGGUUACGUAUGUCAUACGCGUCGCGACGCUUGAAAGGUGAACCGCAGAUGAUCCUACCACCGACGCGACCCUCGAUAACCCGAAAAAUCGCGCCAACAAACGUCAUCGAAUGAUCUGGACGCAGCCAUGUAGCCUCUAUCCCAGCCAGCGAUGAACUUCACCACCAGAACCUCCCACUUCCGUCACCCCUUCUUGCGGAUGUCCGAGAGGGAUCUGCUGAGGACGGAGACCCCGCCGGUCCUAGAGGGUACCACCCUGACGUACGCGCAUCCUCCGCCCGCGGAGGAAACGAUGGAGAUCUGGUACCCCGUCCUGUUCAACACCAACUCCAGCCUGUACUUCAGGAGGGACGAUCCGUCUGAAGGGUUCGGCGUGAACGCGUAUAACGAGAGCAACUAUACCGGUUUUAACGGGAGCGUCUACGAGGACGAGACGCUGAGGUUAGCAACGACCAUAGGCUUCGGCCUGCUGUUCGGGCUCAUCAUCCUGGCCACCAUUAUAGGCAACGUGUUCGUGAUCGCGGCCAUCCUCAUGGAGAGGAACCUGCACAGCGUCGCCAACUACCUGAUCCUAUCGUUGGCCGUGGCCGAUCUCCUGGUGGCCUGCCUGGUGAUGCCCCUGGCCGCCGUGUACGACGUCAGUCAGGAGUGGACCCUGGGGCCGGAGCUGUGCGACAUGUGGACGUCCAGCGACGUGCUGUGCUGCACCGCCUCCAUCUUGCAUCUGGUGGCCAUCGCCAUUGACAGGUACUGGGCCGUGACCAACAUCGACUACAUCCACCAACGCACCGCCAAGAGGAUAGGCAUCACGAUCUUCAUAGUCUGGCUGGUGUCCUUCUUGGUAUGCAUAGCUCCGCUCCUGGGCUGGAAGGACCCGGAGUGGUACAGCAGGAUACAGAACAAAAAAUGUCUGGUCAGUCAGGAUCUCUACUACCAGAUCUUCGCGACGGCCUCCUCCUUCUACCUUCCCCUCCUGGUGAUACUCAUCCUCUACUGGAGGAUAUUCCAGACGGCCAGGAAACGCAUACGUAGGAAACACAUCAUCACCGGUUCGAAUCCGGUGCCGGACAGUAACAUUGCUGCUGGAGGUAUCGCAGGUGGCUUGGCGGCCGCCAGCGGCACGGGCGGCAUAGCGGCCGCCGUGGUGACGGUAAUCGGUCGCCCCCUGCCCACCAUAUCCGAAACGACCAACACCACCGCCUUCACGACCGUCUCCUCAAACUCCAGCCCCGAGAAGACGUCUUGCGCCAACGGCCUCGAGAUAGACGGUCCCACCGCCACCGACUGCAGCGUGCAGUACACCCCGCCGACCUUCUACCCCGUCAAGAGGAAGAACAAGGACAACGCCGACUCCAAGAAGGAGCGAAAAGCCGCCAAGACCCUGGCCAUAAUCACCGGCGCCUUCGUCAUCUGCUGGCAGCCCUUCUUCAUAAUGGCUGUACUGCUGCCCAUCAACCCCAACCUGUUCGACAGGUACCUGAUGUCCUUCUUCCUGUGGCUGGGCUACUUCAACUCCACCCUGAACCCCAUCAUAUACACGAUCUUCAGUCCGGAGUUCAGGCACGCGUUCAAGAAGAUACUGUGCGGCAGGAACUACGCGCGACGCAGCCGCCACUUCGGCAUCAGACACUUUCAAUGAUGGCGGCAGAGUGAUCGCUUCCCGUCGGAUCCGCCGCCGAUCGCGGCCAGGUUGGCGGCGAGCGUCGCGGCCACGGCGGUCGCGUCGGGCGCGAGAAACGUGACGUUCAAGUGCGACUGAUCCGAGGAGAGGAGAUCACGCAAGGUGUCGCCCUCUAGUGAUAGUGACGGUAGCAGUGACGCGGAGAGACGCGUCUAUCUCGAGAUGGGGCCCAUCUGACCAAGGGGCGGUUCGAAGGUUGUCGCGCUCGAUAGGAGGGUGGAAGACGAGGUUUGAGUCGAGGAAGGGUUGUUGAACGUCUUGGAGAAAAAGUAGAGUCGUCUGAGAACGUGGGUCGAAUCAGGUCUAGAGAUGGCGGUACCAUCGUCAGGUGUACGACGAACCUGAAGUGAUCCCCGUUUAAGAUGCAUCAGUAUGAUUUCUCAGGUUUCCAUAAGAGCCAAAUCAUCAAACUUUGAUUUUCGAGCAUGAUCAAACGAUAGACUGUUUGUAGAUAACCAUGAGGUUCGCCAAUUUGGCUGCAAAAACAACGCGAGGGACAAAGUUAGCAGGGUCAUGAAAAAAAGUGGGUGAAAGUCUUAUUCGACUUUCGGAGACCAUAAAAUCGGAACCGUGGACUUGGAAAGAUUCGAUAUCGUUCGUUCCUAUCUAGUUUUCAUUGAAUUCAAGCUGAGGAUCGAGGAGAUGUGAUCUUUCUGGGCUAUUUAACAGUCGUUCUUCUUUAUCGGUUUUAUCUCCGUCGUUCGCGAUGUUUUUGCAGCUUUAUGUAGAGAAAUGGCGAUCUUACAAAGUAAUUCAUUCGAAAUUCCUAUCGAAGAUACCUCCAAAAU